GUUAAAUAUUUACAAAUGUUACUUCACUUGUUACAUCACUGAUAUCACACAUAACAACGUUUCUGGAAUUUGCUUAUAAAAAGCUUCAGUAAUCAUGAAAAAACUAGUCACGCCGCUGUUCCUGUGUACUGGCUGAUUCGGUGUAGUUCUCCAUGUUGGCCACCAGGCGGCGGUGUGUGGAUGUUGUCGUGUGUAAACCCACCGCAGGUCGCACUGAUCAGCUGAGCACUUCAACUCUGAGCCUCUAAUAAAUCACACUGAACCGGAGGAUCUCUACACACACCGCUAGACACACUCAGAUGCAGAUAUUUGUGUGUGAAGAGCAGCUCAGAUCAUCAGCCUGCCAGUAUGAUGCCGAUCUUCAUCCCCGUGUUUCUGAGCUCCAGCAAGCAGGUUCUCACUAAGGUUCCCAUCAGUGCUGAGACACAGUGUAAAGAUGUGGUGGAGUUCUGCAGGGAGGCCGGAGAGAGCGGCUGCCGUCUCGUACAGGUCUGCAGAGGAAAAGAGAAACUGAUACCCUCAGAUCACCUGAUGGUGGACUACCUACAGAAAUGGGGUCAGAGGAGGCAGGAGGUGAAGUUUUACCUGCGACACGAGAACGAGCGCAGCAGCAAGGGUGGAUGUUCGAAGCACGCGCUCGUCACUUCCCCUCAUCUCACAUGGAAGCUCAUUGAGAGAGAUGGAACGAUAAGAAGACGGACAUCAGAGCAGCUGAGCAGAAGGAUGAAGGGGAGGAUGGACAGAUUCGGUAUGAACAGGAUGGGGACGCCACAUGUGGAGCUGACCCUGUCUGAGCUUCAGGAGAUGGCUGUACGUCAGCAGCAGCAGAUCGAAGCUCAGCAACAGAUGCUCAUGGAAAAGGAGCAGCGUUUGCGCUAUUUGAAGCAGCAGGAUCAUCAUCAGGGCCCGGCUACGCCCGAAUCAGAGAAACUACAGAGGUUGAGGGAGAGAGUGGAGAGUCAGGAGGCCAAGCUGAAGAAAAUCCGUGCCAUGAGGGGGCAGGUGGACUACAGCAAACUGAUCAACGGAAACCUGUCGGCAGAGAUCGAGCAUGUAAGCAGUUUGUUUCAGGAGAAACAGGUGGAGCUGCAGCAGGCUGUGAUGAAGGUGGAGCAGCUCACACAGCAGCUGGAGGAACUGAGAAACAAACGCAUUACAGAGUCACAGCCUGUAGGGGGCAGCGCCCUGGAGCUCCACAAACUCUACCAGGAGCUGCAGAUGAGGAACAAGCUGAAUCAGGAGCAGAACACUAAACUCCAGCAGCACAAAGACAUGCUGAACAAACGCAACCUGGAGGUGAGCAUGAUGGACCGACGCAUCGAGGAGCUGAGAGAGCGCCUCCACAGGAAGAAAGCUGAGUUAGGACGGAUGAGCGCUCCCUCGUCCCCUCAGUCUGUUCCCAUCACCUCUGGCCGCGUCGCUGCAGUGUUUCCCUACAUCCAAGUUCCCACAGUGAACGGGAGGCAGGAUGGAGGCUACCCUUUGACCCCUGACACGCUUAAACCACACCCACUUCCUACCCAAAUCAGCCACACUCGAUCCAGAUCAGACGACGAUAGAGUGAGGAAGCCUGCGAGGCCGUGGAAAGUCUCAGACCUUGACAUCGUAAUGAACCGUGAGGUGACCCUUGACCCCAGAGACCAUCCCACCCCAAACGAUGCAAAUUGGAACAUGGCCUCACUCAAAGCCCCGGACUGGAAGGACACGAGCCAGAACCUGGGCAAAAUGGCUGCCGGUGAAAAGGGAUCUUCUAAAGUCCUGGGCACUAUAACCACCCUGUCCAAACAUCCGCCCCCCAUCUACGGCACGUACCCCAGCGUGGGGCAUCACUCCACCGUCUGUGCCACGAACUCUCUGCCCCGCUCGGCACCAGGCACGCUGUCCUGGCACAGAUCCUCGGGUUCCUCAUCACAGCAGAUCCAGCAGAGGAUCACCGUCCCCCCGAGCCCCACGCUUUCAGCCGGCUCGCCCAUCUUACCCCCGAGCGAGAGAAGUAACGACGCCCCUCUGGCUGCAGCGGUUCGACCGUUUUAUUCGGACCGGGGGUCACGACCCCAGUCUCCUCGCAAAGGUCCUGCUACCAUGAACUCCAGCUCCAUCUAUCACGUGUACCUGCAGCAGCCAACAGCCAAAAAACCCCAAAGCAGCAGCACCAGAGCUGCAGUCAAAGCAGUGUAUGGAAAGCCGUUGCUGCCGAGCUCGGUCUCCUCGUCUCCUGUUCCGUUCCAGCAUCAGACCUCCAGAGACGAUUCGGAGCGUGAGUCUGAACCUGAGAUUACCCACAAUCCUCAGUCCAGCGUGGAGAACAUCCCUCGGCCCCUGAGCCCCACUAAACUCACGCCGGCUCACUCGCCCCUGCGCUACCAGAGCGACAUCGACCUGGAGGUGCUGAGGAGGAAGCUCGCCAAUGCUCCUCGUCCUCUUAAAAAGCGGAGCUCCAUCACCGAGCCUGAGGGCCCCAACGGCCCCAACAUCCAGAAACUUCUCUACCAACGCUUCAACACGCUCGCCGGAGGCAUGGAAACGGUCACACCAUUCUUCCAGCCAGACACUGCCAUUAAUUUAGCAGGCGAUGUUGAUUCUGUGAAUGGAAAUGUAAAGGAAGCGACUGUAACAGCUGCCGUGGCACCGACGCCGGCGCCUGUUACAGAGCCCGCGUCCGCACCGUCGCCAUCACCCACAUCCGACGCUAACGAGAAUCAAACACCUAAUCAUACGGAAACUCCUGAGAUCACAGACACCACGGAUCCUAAAGAAGGUCCAGAGGACAGUCAUAACAACAACCAGGAUGAAGACAUAGAGUCUGCGCAGGCGGAGAAAGAAGACAUGGAGCAGAACAUGGUGAAGAGGACAAACCUGAAGAAGCCCGGCUCUGAGAGGACGGGUCACGGCCUCCGGGUGAAGUUUAACCCGCUAGCGCUGCUUCUGGACGCGUCUCUGGAGGGCGAGUUUGACCUGGUGCAGAGGAUCAUAUAUGAGGUGGAAAACCCCAGCACUCCGAACGAUGAAGGCAUCACACCGCUCCACAACGCCGUGUGUGCUGGUCAUUACCACAUCGUGAAGUUCCUGCUGGAUUUUGGCGUGAACAUCAACGCAGCAGACAGCGACGGAUGGACGCCGCUGCACUGCGCCGCCUCGUGUAACAGCGUGCAUUUGUGUAAGCUCCUGGUGGAGUCUGGGGCGGCCAUCUUCGCCACCACCAUCAGCGACGUGGAGACGGCGGCCGAUAAGUGCGAGGAGAUGGAGAACGGCUACGUGCAGUGCUCACAGUUUCUCUACGGUGUGCAGGAGAAGUUGGGGGUGAUGAAUAAGGGGACGGUUUAUGCUCUGUGGGAUUACGAAGCUCAGAGUCCAGACGAGCUCUCGUUCCGUGAUGGACAAGCUUUAACGGUGCUGAAGCGCAGAGACGAGAGUGAGACUGAGUGGUGGUGGGCCAGACUUAAUGACAAGGAGGGCUACGUUCCCCGAAAUCUGCUUGGGUUGUACCCAAGGAUUAAACCCCGUCAGCGCUCCCUGGCAUAGCGCCCCCUGAUGGACAGGAGCCCCAGCUGAACAUUUUGCCCCAUUUCCAUCGUUUAGUGCCACCGAGAUAAGAAGAGGGUGUGGCAGCUAGGACCUGACACUGAAGCUUGGAUUUAUUCAUCUGCCAGAAGAGAUUUGGAGAACAGCACUCCGUUUUCAGCCUGCAAAACGGAUCUUAUCUUUUUUUUGUAAAAAAUCCUGCUCUCUUUCACCCAGAAGUCUGUCAGGUGAAAACGCACCAGUUUUCCUGUUUCCUUUCAUACUGGUGUGUGUUUGUGGAACAUGAAAGUGAUGACACUGAGACAGCUGAGGAAGACAAAGAAAAGGACAGGCCGCGGUCUGCUGAGCAGCUGAUUCAACGAAAGUAAGGAAGGAAGGAAGGAGCUUGAAAGUGUAGAGAGAGACA